UCUGCCUCCUCCCGCGGGGCCUUUCUGCAGCCGCUCCCGCUGCCCGGGCACGGCUCCGGCCCCGCCGAGCCCUCGGGAGGGUGCGCGGUCCCACCGGGGCGGAGGUGACACCGCGGGGACAGCGGGGACCGCAGCUCCGCCCGGCGGGGCCGUUCCCUGCCCGCAGCCCCGUCCCGCUUCCCGCCGCUUCCCGCCGCUCUCUCGCCGCUUUCCCCUUCGCUCCCGCGGGUGCAGGAGACGCUUUAGCACAGCCUGGCAACCGAGAGAAGUUGGUCCUUAGGAGUCUGACUGCUGCCUGCACGCAAUGCUGCUCGCUCCAGAGGAGAGAACCAGGACAUGGCCCGAGUGCCACCCCUGGGCACUGCCAGCCACAGAGGGGAUGUGCUUGCCUGGGACAGGUGCAUUCCCAGUCUCCCAGAGCAGGAGAUGCUGAGCUGUGACCAUGCCGUGCCAGCACCUAAAAUGUGAAACCCGUGAAGAGCUCCUCUUCCUGUGCAGUAAAUAGCUGGAAGCAAACCAUGGACACUCAGUUUUUCUCCCCGUUACUGGGAGCAGUCCCCAGUGCCCCCACGCCUCCGGAACCGUCCCGGCUGUGCAGCGACUGGCUGGGAUGUGCCGAGGAUUUUGGAUCCCAAACUGCCUUCCAGGAGUGCCCAAAGAAAAGGGCACCAAUAAAUCUUUCUUACUCUGGCAAUGGCCCUGAUAUGUUUGGGUUGGUGUCCAGCAUUUUAGAGGAGCCAAACAAGCCAGAACCAGCCACAGAUUGGAAUCCUCUGUCCAGAUUGUUUCCCCCUGUGUGGGCGCCUGAUCUGGGCAGCAACGGGGAGUUCCCAGGGCUCCCAGCUCAGCACGGUGUCCAAAACAAGGAUUUUCCCAACCUGCUGGGCACCAGCUGCCAUCAGGAACCGCUGCAGGAACCUCCUGACGUGGAGAUGCUGCACAGAGGCUUGGGAGACCUUCAUCUCCUCGAGUCCUGGCUCUCUCCCUGUGCUCUGAGGAACGCCUGCCCUGAGAAUUCCUCUUUGCAGAACUGCACCACAGCUCCCCAGGAAGGGUUUUCCUUCCCAAAUGGGAGCUGGAGCCAGCAUCUCUGUGCUUACGACCACGGGAGGUUAAACGGAGGCUACGAAAAAUGUGGGUCCAGUUUCAGCCCUUUUUCUGCUCAGAACAAGAUGAAAGAAAGCCCCGGCGUCCUGAAGGAGUUCUGGAAAAAUGAAAGAGCAAGAGGAAAAGCCCUGAAAAAUUACGCUCAAGGACAAACGAAGUAUUCCCCUGAUCUUUCCAAUCAGCCUGGUGAUAACUCCUGGGACAAAGUGCCCCAGGACAGCCAGCUGUUCCCUAAAAUAUAUGAAAGCUUCACAGCUGCUCACAAACUGCAGUCACCUGUCCUUCCAUCACUUCAUUUUUUCAAUCAACCCCCUAAGGAAAGUAAUUUUUCUGGAGGAACAGGCAGAAAACCCCAGGAAAGCCAUGUGCAAAAUGGCCAUUGUGGCUUUACUCUGGGGGAUGCUUUUAAUAAUAAUAAUAAUAAUGAGUGUAAGGUGAAUAUGGGCCCUAAGGAAAGCUCUCCUCAAGCAGCUGAGUAUGAUUUAUCUAUGAAAAAUGUGCAAAAUGGGAAUUAUUCCUCAUACCAGGGGUGUUCCUGGCUGGAUGGGAAAAGCCUGGCAGCUGCAUCUGAAAUUCCAUAUGGAAAACAAAUGGCCACAAGCCCCCAGUCAUCUUCAGGGGUUUCCACCAUGUCUGGGGGCUCUCCCACCCACCAGCCUUUCACACAGCCCUCCUACUACUCCCAGCUCCUUCCCGCCCUCCCUCCCAGGAAAGAUGGGAGGUUGCAAACACCAAAUGGAGUUUCCAGUCAUUUGGGGGUUCCUCGUUUCCUCCCAGAGAGCCAGAGGCAGGUGAGACCCGUGGGAAGGUCACAGGAGGAUGCCACGAUGGACAAGGAGGGGCGGCGCCGCAAAUUCCCCGCUCGUUUUUCACCCGACUGGUUGGCACAGCAGAGAGCUGCAGGUGAAGACCCAGCCCAGAAAUUCCACAGGUUCCCAAAAAGGCAGAGCCAGGAAGGUGGCAAUAAAGAUGACAGAAGAGGUAGAAGGAACUGGAUCCCUCCUUUGGGUUCCACAGCCCCAAGCCGCCAGCCCUUCAACGCGUUUCUGAAAAAGCACGAGCAGAACGGUGGCAGCUUGUCAGAUUUCAUCAAUCCUUCUCUGCUUCCUUCUUUCCCACUCGUGUCUGAUUUUAAGCAAAAUCCCAGCUUCCCUCCAUUUAAUCACCAACUGUUUUCAUCAGCAAACAAUUUUAAUUUCCCUCCGCCGCCAUUUCCAUUCUCAGACCUUGUUGAUCUUUUUCACUGCGACGACUUUAACCCCUUGAGUCCCUUCAUCAGUGAUCUCUUCUCUGGGGAAAUCCCUGCCCCCUGCUUUGCCUUUCCAAGCCCAUUUAACAAGUGCAGAGCUCCCAGGAGCCGCAGUGGCCCCGCUAACGAGCUCCACGUCCGGCUGGAGGAGUGCUACGAGCAGUGGAGAGCUUUGGAGAGGGAGAGGAAGAAGACCGAGGCUGACCUUGCAAGACACUUCCCAGGGCAGCCCAUUUCCAGCUCCAGCCCCAGCCCCAGCCCUGUGUCGCGGCUCCCUGCCAACCCAUCCCGCGUGGAUCGCCUGAUCGCCGACCAGUCCCGCCAGCGGGCCAGGGUGCUCGCACUGAUGGCAAGAAUGGAGAGGCUUUGUGGUGCCCCCGUGCACAGGAACAUCUCCAGGACCUUGGAGCUCCACCUGGAAGCCAUUCAGGUGACCCAGGCACGUCGGAGGGAUGAGAUUGGGAAUGCUGCAAACCCCCAGGGUCACGGGGGGCCACGCUAUAACAACGAGAAAGGUGUGCUGGCCCUGGCAGCUGCCCUGCGAGCCCUGGCGGGUGCCACGCGCAGGGCUCGCACCGCGCUCUGGUGCGCGCUGCAGGCGGCUCUGCCAAAACCUCCUCCUGCCAGACCCCAAAAUCAACAGCUUCUCCUUCAAGGACCACUGCAAGAGCUUUGUUCUCCAAGCACAAGCAGCCAGGAAAAAAGCAGCGUGGAGCAGGAAAGCAGAGGAAGUGGAAAAGCUGAGGAAGCGACGAAGGUUUUGGAAUAAUCGCGGAGGAUGAAAGGAAAGCGAGGAUGGGGAGGGAAGGGCUCAGGUCCUGCCCAGCACCGUGAGAGGUGGAUUUCAUGGGAUGCCAGGAAGCAAAAAAGGUUGAUUCAGGUGCCUGGUCAGUGCUGCAGUUGAGGUACUGGGAUUCUGGUGUGGAGAGACACAGCUUGGGUUGGUGUUCAUGGAGUUUUAACAUUGCUGGUGAAUAAUGCUGCUGAGAAUUUCCAUGUUCAGAGGAGCUGAACAAGAGCUGAGCAUUUCCUCCUGUGCUUACCCAAAGCUCUGAGUCCAGCCAGGAGCACCUGAGCAACCAGAGUGUGGCAGAACAUAACUCUCCUUUUUUAAAAUUUUUUUUGGUUAAUGACACAAUUUAGCAUAUUUAAAGGUACUCAACAAUCGUUCAGGGUUUGUUUUAUUUUGAUUUUUUGCACCGUGUAUGAUUCUUUCCAGAGCCAAAGUGAACACCGAGUAGUUUGCAGCCCAUCACUGUGUCAGGAGCUGCCGUGGUGGUGGUUUUUGUGCCAGAUUCUCUCUCAGUUUGACAGGAAUAAUCAGUGUUCAGUGCUGGCUGUGUGAGAGGCUUCAGCUUCAGUGCUGUCAGUUUGGUUUCCAGCAAAACCGGUGUAAACUGAGAUUUUUCCAUAGUUUUUUCUCUUUGGUUUUCCCACUGAAAAAGUGGAUUUUGUAGCUCUGCAGUGUGAACUGCAUGGAAGUGCACAUUAGCAGGUGAUAGAAAACUCACUCAGGAUUAGAAAUUAGAUUUAUUGAUUCCUCAGUGGGUUUAAAACCAGUAACAAUAUAACAUAGUAUGCACUUAAUUAAAAAAACCCCAACUAUUAUUAAUAAUAUAUGUUCACGGUACUAUAAUUUUUUUCAGAGACAUUCCAUAUUUAUUUUAAUGUCUUCAUUGAAUGUUUAUUUAAAAAUCUAUUUUAGUAAUACCAAGUUAAAUAUUUUGCCAAAUCUUCCAAAUAAUCAGACUUAAUGAUUUACUCAGGAACUCUGUAUAUUAUUAAAUAAAUAUACACGUGGUAUAUAGGGAUUUUUUGGGAAAGGGAUGUUUGCAAAAUAUUUACACAAAGCUAACUAUGUACUAGGCUACCAAAGCUGUUUCACUGAUGAUUUUUUUGGUGUGGAAGGUUUAAUAUAUUUAAUUGCUGUUAAUUAGUCUCCAUUUUGUGGCUUAGACAAUCAGAGUGUGGUUGUUCAGGGUGAAAAUUAUUAAAGAAUAACAAAUUCAAGGUGUGAUUGUAGGGCAUUUAGGAAUAUUGUAAUGCUUUAACAACCAUCUUACACAACCUCCUAACAUGUAUUAAUAAUUAAGGUUCUUGAGUAUCAGGAUAUUAAGAUCAGUAUUAUUAGUAUCAGGAUAUUAAUAUUAAUCAGAACAGCUUUGGAGAGCAGUUCUUGUGUCACAAGUGAAUUAAGUUGGGGAUAUAAGCAAAAUCUGAAGGACAAAAAUGAAGAUUUUUAUGUCAAGUUGGGGUUCAGUGUCGAAUUUGACAUUUUGGGGGUAAUUCUAGAGCUGUUCCCAUAGAUAUUUGUACUUGCAAAAUUGUUCCAAAUGCAGUUGUGUAGUUCUGGAUCCGUGGGUGUUUCUAGAGCAGAUUUUGUCUCAGUAGUGCCAUCCUUAACUCUAUUGAGGCGUGGAAAUUUGUAGCUAAAAUUUACCCAGGCCUCAUUGUAAUCACUGAGUAAAGUUUAAAAGCAAAAGUAGAUAAGAAUCAGAUUCUUAGUGUAGCAAAAUUAGGGGUUUUUUUCCCCUAAAGAAAGUGAACUAAACUUAAAAGAUUCUUUUCAGCCUUAGCCUAAAUAACAGGUACCAGAGUUAUUUUAGUGUGUUUUCCCCAUGUGUACAUGCAAUUUAUUUGCACAAACUAAUUGAAGAAGGUUCAGUCUGCAUUUGUGAAACUGAUUGUGCUCCACAGCUUAAAAGUGGAGUCUGCAAUAUUUCAGUUCAUAGGUGAUUUGGGAGUUUAAUUACCCAAAUUAAAAUCAAUUUACUACUAUUGCUGUGUUGACAGGAAAGCAGAAUUUGGAGUUUGUGGGGUUUUUUUUUUCAGUUUACAGAAUGAGAGUUGUUUUUUAGUGGUGAACGUUUAGGGUGUAAUUGGUUCUUAUUGUACUGCUCAUGUGUUAAUUAAUGAUCUUAAUUAGUUCAUAGUGAAUGUGCCUUUAACAGUCUCACUUUUGCAGAGUGGUAAAAAGCUGCGUGGUCACUUCUGGUUCCAAUUUCAGUUCAAAAAUGCAUUUUGAAAGGGUUACACGUGGCUGCAUGUGACUGCAAUCAAGGCGUGCUGUUAAUUAUGUUAAUUGCACUCCCAAAAUUAUGCAGGUUGGGAUUCUUUAAGGAGCUCUGUGGCUCUGGAAUGUCCCCCUGGCUCAUGUGCCUGGGUCAGGUGCUCCUUGUCAUGCCCUACAAAUGCUCGAGUUUCACUUUGCCUUGCAAAAACAAAAACUCCAGGUCAUCAAACAAAAAUUAUUCUUUUCUUUUUCAGUGCCCCUUUCUUUAAAAGAGUUGGUUAUGGACAGCAUCAGACCCAGAAUGAGUUUUGUCUUCAGUUCUUAAUUUCAGAGUGCUCCACUUCUGUUUUAUUGCAAAUCCUUUUGCAUUUUAAGGGGGAAAAAACCCCCCCCAAAAUUCACUUUGCUUUGUAAAAUAGCACCUGGACUUGCAGCAGCUCUGUCAGUCAGGACAUAUUUUUUUGCUGCCUCGUGUUUAAUUUGGCAACAAGGUACAAAUUCUGCAAGCCUUGCACUGAAUUUUGGGUGUGAAUAAGCUCAAGUGUAAUGCUUGUGGCCUUAGGGACUAAUUGUAUUGAUGUUUUAUUGAUUUCAGGGAAAGCAGAAUUGAGGUUUUAGGUCACAUUUAAGCCAAAGAGGUGGUUUUGGUUUGAAGUUAGGCUUGACUUUCAGAGAGAGAGAAAAGAAAAUUCCCUUUCCCUCUCCAUUUUGAGAAGCAAUCUGGUAAAAUUCAAUUUAUUCCCUUUUUUUCCAGUUCCACCCCUCCACUCAGCUUUCUUGAGGUUUAAUUGUUUGGGGUUUUUCCCCUGCUUUGAUUUAUACUUUUUAAAUUUUGGGGAUGAGAUGAAGAAGGUGGAAGAGCUGUAGCCAGUCCUGGGGGCAGGGAUACUGGGUUGCUCCAGUUUAAUAAAUUGAAUAAUCAGUUGUCCCUUUUUGAGUCAGGAUUAUUAUCAGGGUGCUUUUUGAUGGUUGGUAAUGAAUCUUUAAUGCUUUAAAAUCCCAAAUUGAUAGUUCAGUACAAUACAGACAUAAGAAUUAUAAUUAUUUCUUUAUUCUGUGUAAAUAACUGGAGGUUUUUGGUGAUUCAACCUUCUUCAUUCCCAGAAGGGAGGCCAGCAGCAGAGGAAGAACUCUUUAUUUUUAUUUUUUUCUGGUUAUAGGUUUUGUAUCUCUGUUUUUCCAUAUCCACAGGGUCCCUCUGGCAGUUAAGUUGCUCUGAUGCUAUUUAUAUAAACUAAAACUCAGAAAUUGGUAUUAAUUUGUUAUUUCCAUUAGAGCAGCAUACAGGGAGGUUAUUUAAGUUCGUGGUGCUUGUCUUGCUGUGGCCUUUUCAGGAGUGGGUGACAUUUAAUUCCCAAACUGCUGCUGUUGGAUUUUACCCUUUCCAACCUGAAUAUUUUUCUUUGCUGCUGGGUUUUACCACCACUACCAAUAUUUUCUGUCUGUACCUGGGUAUGUGAAAUUUGGGAAUUAUUUGCCUUAGUCAGAACUGCUGCUCCAGUUCACAAUAAGUCUGUUGUGGUUAUUCCUGGUUAUUUCUCUUGGAAGGAAUUGAAUGGUUUAAGGUGGGGAUUAUGUGAGUGAGAGGCUUUCUUGAGGGAUUUCUGUUUUCAGAGAAGUGUGGAGAUAUCCAAGGUUUUUGUGGGAAGCUCCUUGGCUUUCCUGGCUGCUUUUCCAGAGGUGACCACGAGCACAACUUCCUGGGAUUGUCUUAGAUCUGCAACCCUUUUUCUGGGGGGGAUAUAAAGGAGAAAAAGGGAGCUUCAGGAAGGAAGGAGCUGCAGGGAGCCCAAAUUCCAGUGGAGAGGAUCUCUUUUCUUCUGGCUUCCGUGGCCUGGAGGGCUUGAGUGACCAGGAAUCUUUGCUUGAACCAAGGUUCUUUUCCCCACUGGGGGCUGUCAGGGUGCAGCUGCUGAGAUUUUGGGCAGGGUUGGCUUCUCCCUGCCCUGCUCUGGUGGCCAGCCUUCCUCCCAGAUGUGUUUUCAUCAAGCUGGACAGAACUUGGGGACACAGCUGGGCCAAGCCCAGGGUCAGCAUCAUCUCCUCUCCUGGCUGCUGGCAGGGAAGGGCUGAGGCAGGGUUUAAACUCAGCUUUUCUACACUUGGGAAAUGACAAAGAGCAGGGAGAAAGGAGCACAAAAUGGGUUUGGUUUGUGGUUUGUUUCUGUUCUUCCUCCAAAGGCAGAAUCCAGCUUGGCUCUGUGGGAUAUUCACACACACACAAUUUACUAAGUCACAGCUCUGAUUCUGCAGGAAGCUGGAUUUUUGCUUUGUUUAAAUACUGUAAAACUGAUGCAACAAACAGACCUUAAGCCUAUAUGUUCUAUUAAUUCUAUUUUUACCUGCUCUGGAAGCUGGGUAUUAGAAUUUUCUUUUGGUUUUUGGGCCAUUCUUUGGUUGAGAGCUGCAAUUUUGAUAAAUGCUGCAUGGUGGCACAGCCCAAAGCCGUGGUCUUUGUGGAUUUUGUUCUUGGUAUCUUUAUUUCUGUGGCAGAGUAUGUGAUCUUAGCUGCAAAACUAAAUGUUAAAUUCUUCAUGGCCACAGCCUGCUGCAGAUUUAUUUAUUUUUCCUAAUGGAGUCGUUAAAGUGGAAGAACUUUGAGUUAUUGAUUCUUUAGUGUUUGCAGAUUGAACAGGAGCAGGGAGCACUUCCCAUCAGUCAAUAUGAGGGUAGUUGACUGUGGAAUAUGUAUUUUAAUUAUUAUUUGUGAAUAAUUGGGCUGCUGAAGAACUGAGUGUGGUCCUGCUUCCAUUGAAGCCAGAGCUUUUAAGAGAUUUCUGUCUUGAUUUGGCUUUGUUGCUUUACCUUGAGCUCAGGUGCUCAUUAAACACAAGCUCAGUAGUUCACCUUGAACAUUUCUCAAGGAACUCUGAGUUCCCAGCCUCUUUUGUAAGGAUUCUUGGAAUUAGCUGAGAUAAUUUUGCUUUCUCUUGAAGCUGAGGAAUGUACCUGCUGCAGAAACUGGGGCUGAACUGGGGGGGGGUUCUGGGAAAUUUUGCACCUUGUUUUUCUCCUGUUCUGCUUCGAGGGAAAUAGAGCCUUAACCAUGCUGAGACCUUGAUUUAUUCCCUGUGCAGUUUAUCCAUGGCAGUCACCAGCACUUUUGAUUUUUGUUUGGUUUGUAGCACUUGAGAUGUCUGAUUUUUAUCAAUUAUUUUUUUGGUAUAGAGCUGCUUUGUAAUUUUCUAAAAUAAAAUAGUAACUUUGCCAAGCAAGUUUAUCAGUGAUAUAGAAUGGAAGGUCCUUAUUUUUCUUCAUUAGCAAUACUGUAAUCAAAGGUGCAAAAUAAUGUGUUUAAUGUACGUCUGUGCUGUUAGAGAUUGAAAAUAUAUUGAGUUAGGAGCAACUUAUAAACAAACUGAGGAGCUGGAGUUCUAAAUCCUCUUUGCUUGUUGCCAAAUGAGCUUUAAAAAGGAAAAUAUUUAUAUAUAGUGUAUUAAAAAAAAGAGCACUGGUUAGAGAGAGACUAAAUCAGAGUAAAAAUCAUUGCCAGACAAAGAUUGCUUUAUGUUUUUUACUGAAUAAAAACACAACUUGUUUAUGCACAGUAGUAACUUAAUGAGCAAAUUUUUUUCACAGUUAGGCUGUUUCCAAUCUAUAGAUGGGAAAAAUAAGUUUCCUUUUAUUUUUUAUGACAGAUAUACAAAGAUGAACAGUGUCUAUAUUUUAAUAUUACUGUUUGGUGUCUGAAGUGUAUCAUUUAUGUGUGUGUUGGUCAAACUCAUUUCCUUAAAAUAUCCCAUUUUACAUUGCUAAUGAAAUAUUACUGAAAAUGAUUUUGAUUGGGGCCCAACAGAAAUACAUGAAAUUAUAACAGCUUAAAACUCAAUUGCUGAUUAUGCAAGAUUUUAAUCACUCAUCAAUUUAAGCUUAUUUAAGUCUUUCUGUAGAACAACUGUGGAUGUUUGAACGCUGCAAAAAUCUUACUUCUACCUCUUGUGUAACAUCCUUAAAAUUCCCCUUCACUGAUGUACUCUGAUGCCACAGGGUGUUGGUGCACCUUAACUUGGGAAUUUCAUCUGCUUUUCCUUUUAUUUAUUUUUUUUUUUUAAAUUGUGGAACACCAGGAUGCCUUGUUAUGUCCACCUGUGUUGAACUGACCGGGUUUGUGUUAAAUGUGUGAGAGUCUUCAGAAAUAGGAGAAUUCUGUAAUAAAUCAUGGCCAAUGUGAUUUUCUGGUAUUUUCUAUGUACGUGGUUUGAUUCCUUUUAUUUAAAUAAUCACCUGUGGUUGUGUGGAUGUCCCUAAUAAAUAGUGUCAGCUUGUUUAGAUGGACUCACACUGUUUCUCAGCUGCUGAAUUUCAGUUUGGUAAUUCUGCCUUGAAAAGACCUGUUAUGUGUUCAUGACAGAAAUUAAAGUCCUUCGUGUUUUUUGUGAA